CUCGGGGGGGCCGGGCUUCAACUCACCGCGGAUGCGCGUGUGCAGUCGCGAAUUUGCAGCUGGGCUACUCGCCAGGACUCAAUUUCCCAACGGCCCUAGCGGUGGAGCUUGGACUUCCGCGCGCUCCCGACUAGGGCGGCCCCCACGUGGCCUCUUCAUUGGCUCAGCUGCCUCCAUCUCCGAGUUCUGGGGCAUCAGUGUGAAUUUGGCCACAGAGCCAGGCCCCCGGGCACCCCCCAGCCUUUUGGAAAGGGCCAAGAGCUGAGGCCCCACAGCCCUCAGUCAUCUCUUCUCUCAGCGGGAUGCCCACGGCCAUGGCCAGGGAGAAUCCAGCCCAAAGAGGACCACACUCCCCGCUUCGGAUCCCCCCCAAACCUCCUGGAGGCUCCCCAGCCUGGCCCUGGACUGUAGGAGGGGCUUCCUGGCCUCCAGAUGAAGCCUUUGGAAGGGAAGCAGGUGCGCCAUAGAGGCUCGCGGUUCCCUGGCCGGAGACUCGCCCCCCAGAGGUGACCAGACGGAGGGCCGCCCGAGGAGCCGAGGCCCGGCGGGGCCCGUCCCGGCAGCAUGUCGUCGGCGCUGCUCCCCGCCGGCCUGGUGCCCUUCGAGGAUCUCUUCUCCACCCCGCCCAACCCCAUGCUCGGCCCCGGCUCCCCCCCCACCGGACCUGCCGCUGAGAGGCCGGACCUGGAGGGUUCUGAACCUGCGGAGGAUCCCGCCUGCAGCCCCCCCAGCCCCGAAGGCCCUGGGGUGCCCCCCUGCUGGGAUUUCGGGGACCUGUUCGGCAGACCCCCAAACCCCAUGCUUUCCCCCUGUGAAGCCCCGGCCUCCCCCUCCCCCAGGGCCGCUCCGGGCGCCAGCGAGGGCCAGCUUCGGCCUGAGGCGGCGAGCCUGGCGGGGGGCCCAGCUGGGGAAGUGGGGCCCAGGAAGGGGGGCGGCGGCCCCCGGCCGGACGCCAAGAAGAGCCAGGGGAAGCCCCAGGACGAGGACUUCGCCCACCUCCUGGAGCAGUACCGGAGGGACAGGAGGGCCCCCAGCCCGGCCCCUGCGGCCCCCCCGGCCCCCAAGGGCGUGGCCAAGAGGGGGGCCUCCACGGCCGGCGGCCGCGCCAAGAAGCGGAAGCGGAAGGGGCCCGCGCGGGCCCCCGCCCCCCCCGCCGCCCAGGAGCGGCCCCCCGUGAGCCAGGAGUUCGUGCACAGGAACACGGUGGCUCUGGGCGGCCAGAGGGUGUGCAAGUACUUCCUGGCCGGCCGCUGCCUCCACGGGGAGCAGUGCCGGCUCGACCACAGGGCCGACGGCCUCAAGUUCCAGCAGCUGUGCAAGUUCUACGUGCAGGGCUACUGCACGCGCGCCGAGCACUGCCGCUACCUGCACCACGAGUUCCCCUGCAAGUUCUUCCACACCGGCGCCAAGUGCUACCAGGGCGACCGCUGCGGCUUCUCCCACGCGCCCCUCACGCCCGACACCCAGAGCCUCCUGAAGGCCGCCCUGGCCGGCCCGGCGGCCCCCCCGCCGGACCCUGCUCCGGCUUCCUCCUGACCCCAAGCCAUUCUGACCCCCCGGUCGGGGGCCGGCCGGCAGCUUCGUCCCCCAGAACUCCUCUGGCCCCCCACGGCGAGCCCCAAGAUCCUCCUUUGGGGUCUGUCACGGGCACAGCGGGGAGGCCCCGAGACGCCUUUUAACGAUGGACGUGGCGUGAGGUGGCCCGGGGGUGCAGAGGCCUGGCCGCCCUGAUCACACUCCUGUGGAGGCUCGGUUUCCCCUUCCGUCAAGUGGGGUCAGUAACAAAUAGCCCUGGGCCUUCGGAACGCUGCUGUCCGCCCCCCCCCCCCCCCCAAUCCCGUCCCAGGGGCCUCUCGACGUGCCCCGGGAGUUGUUCAGAGAAUCUCCUCCAGCCCCGGGGAGACCUUGAGAGUGCGGCUCGGCAGCUCAGGGGUCCCCCUUGCUGGCCAGACUCACACCACCAGGCGUCCCACAAGGGAAUAGACUUCUCACAGGAUCGAGUGCGGACUAGGCCCAUCGUUUCCCAGAAGGAACCCAGCUGCCUCCAGAAAGGGAGGGAAGUCUGGCAGGGGGAGGGGUCGAAUCUGGGCACCCGAGGGGGAGGAAGUGGCAGACAGGCCUCCAGGCACCUCCAGGCACCUCCAGGCCCCUCCAAUGUGCCAAAUAAAAAUGGAUCCAGAGGCUUGUGUCAGAAGAGUUGGGUUUCAGCCUCAUACGCGUAGAGCCCAGAUUUCAGCCCAGCACCGCCCCCUCCGUGCCACGCUGCCACGUGCCAGCCUUAGCUUCUCCCUUCAUGGCAGCGCUUCUCUGGGGCAUCCAUUUCCGUGGCAGGGAAGGGCCUCAGGAUAGGUCCUUGAGGGAAUUUACUUCACAUGGAAGCAGCCCCAGACUAGUCCUUGGCGAUCCCAGUGCUCGAGAGAGGGGCUCAGGCCAGGAGAGAGUGAAGAGAAUCUCUUCACAGUGCCCACACCUAGCCGGGACAUCCCAGAAAAGACCCUCUGAGGCCAGCCCAACCACCAUCUACCAUGAUGAGGUCACCUGACUGUUCAGGGGGCCCCAUUCCUCCUUGUCUCCUCCCUCUGCCAUCCCCUUCUUCCACUUGCCCUCUGAUGCCCAUCAAAUGAUCCCUCCGUCCUCACUGUCAUUCUAAAACUCUGCUCCCUUUUGGGACUAAACUCCACGAAAGGCUACCCACAGUCAUCCUCUCUUGUCUCCUCAGCUACGUCCUCCUCCCAUAGGUACUCCCCAGGGCUCCUUCCUGGAUCCUCUGCUCCCUCUGUUCAUUUCACUUGGGGCUCUUCUCAGCUUCUAGGGAUCUAAUUACUAACCCUAAGCUGACAAUUCUCCAGCCUGCCAUUCCUGUCCCAAGCUCUGCAGACCUCUCACAUCUCCUCCUGCUCUUCACACAUCUAAAACUGGAUGUCCAGUAGACACUCCUCUUUCCUCCCCUCCCCUUCCUUGUUACUAUAGGAAGCAGCCCCUCAGGCUUAUCUCCCAGGUGUCAUCCUGGACUCUUCCAGAUCCAGUGUAGUGUGAAUUUAUGAUUCCUGUGGAUUUCACCUCUGCUAUAUCUCUUGUCAAUUUUGCUUGUUUCCUCUCUGAUGGAUUUCCGGUCUAUAAAUAACAUCUUUGGUUUAUUUCACCUCCCAGCAUCUCUGCUAUAUUUCACCUCUGCUACAUCUCUUGUCAAUUUUGCUUGUUUCCUCUCUGAUGGAUUUCUGGUCUAUAAAUAACAUCUUUGGUUUAUUUCACCUCCCAGCAUCUCUGUUAUAUUUCACCUCUGCUACAUCUCUUGUCAAUUUUGCUUGUUUCCUCUCUGAUGGAUUUCUGGUCUAUAAAUAACAUCUUUGGUUUAUUUCACCUCCCAGCAUCUCUGUUAUAUUUCACCUCUGCUAUAUCUCUUGUCAAUUUUGCUUGUUUCCUCUCUGAUGGAUUUCCGGUCUAUAAAUAACAUCUUUGGUUUAUUUCACCUCCCAGCAUCUCUGUUAUAUUUCACCUCUGCUAUAUCUCUUGUCAAUUUCGCUUGUUUCCUCUCAGAUGGAUUUUCCAAUUGUAACAUCUUUGGUUUACUUCACCUCUGCUACAUGACUGACUAAUUUCAGAUUUUCAGUAUCCUGGAGUCCUCACUCUGACCUCCCAGAUCCAGUUUAGUGCCUGUGAAUUUCAACUCUGCAGGAUUUUUUGUUGAUUGCAUUGCUAGCGUCUCUGGCCUGGUCCAUUUCAUUCAGUGGGUAAAUGGCUUGAGGAGGGAAUUGGACCCAGGUCCUAUGAUUUCAGACCCAGACACUUGAGCAGCAUUCCCCUCAAUGGCUGAAAGAAGGGCCAUAGCCCUUGGAUGACUUCUAUUCUUUCCCAGGCAUAGAAGCAGGAUCAACAGAAAGGUCUCCAUGGCAGGCUGAGAUAGAGGGACAGGAGGGUGCUCUCAUACUAGUGUCCCUCAAAGUUUUCAUGAUGCAGAAACAUGAGAAAGAUUUACCAGUUUAUCCCAAUUAGUCCCUCCUUCCCAUCCUCCAAGGAUUGCUGUUCUCAAACUCAAUUGGUGACUAUGCUUUUUGGGUGAAAUCCAGCUCUGGCUAGCAACCUACCCCAAUGUUGGUCAGCUUCUUGCUGGGGGGAUGAGUCUCCUUUAGAUUCCACCCAGGCAUUCCAAGGCUCUCUCCCUAUAACCUGAAAUCUUACUAAAGCCACCAAGUCUAUAGAGGAUCUUAGUGCUAUUAAGAUCAACUUAUAGAUGGGGAAACUGCAGCCUAGAGAGUGAAAUGGUUUUCAGUCCUUCCUAGAUUGAAGAUCAUGGCAUCUGAUGAUUGGUUGAAAUAACUAGGGGGAAUGCCUAGUAUAUUUGGAAAUCUUUUUCAGUAGGUGGUCAGUGAAUUCUUUCAAUUUCUAUCCCCCACCCCCACCCCCCUUCAAGAAAAUCAGGGCAUUUUUCACUGAUUUCUUGUAAGACAGUGUUUCAGGUCUUUUUUUGAUCAUGGCUUUCAGUUAGUUUAAUGAUUCUUAGAUUCUCUCUCCUGGGUUUAUUUUUGAGAUCAGCUGUAUUUCCAUUGAGGUAUUUCAGGUUUUCUUCAAAUUUUUAUGCUUUUGAUUUUGUUUAAUUGUUUUCUGAUGUCUCAUGGAGUCAUUAGCUUCCAUUUGUCCAUUUUUAAUUCUUAGGGAGUCAUUUUCUUUGAGCUUUUGUACUUCCUUGUCCUUGUAACCAGUCGUGCUUUUUAAACAGUUGUUUUCUUCA